AUGUCUGUUGCAAUCGAACCAUACCCAUGUUUUUUCUACGGGUCUUUAAUGGAUUCCCGUGUAUUGAAUUCAGUUACUCGUCCAGGACCAGAAUCCAACCUGUAUUCAGUUCGAGCCACGAUCGAGGGAUAUAUCCGUUACCCAUAUCAUAAUGAGCCAUACCCUGGCAUGAUUAUUUCUUCGGACAAGACCAACAUUGUGCAUGGCUUGCUUGUUUUUGGUCAUACAAUGAUGGACCGGUUUAGACUAGAUCAAUUUGAGGGCUCAGAGUAUUCACGAGAAGUAUUGCCAGUCAAAGUACUGGAUCCAGUGCCUGGUUCAUUCAAUGUUAUAGGACAGUUUGAACCGUUAUCGCCUGGAGACGUUAUCUCUGCCUACGUGUAUGUUUUUACGGGAUCACAUAGGAAUCUGGAUCAAACAAAAGAGUGGGAUUUUGAGGCUUUCCGACGCGAUCAUGUCACUAUAUGGAUGCAGGCCAGCUCAGAUUUUGCGCAAGAUCAAUAG